AUGGGCUUUCUUUCGGUGGCACGGAGGGAGCAGUUGGCACGGGAAAGAUGCGCGACUUAUCUUUUGGAUGGGGAAACACUGGAUGAUGCUAACGGCUUCCGGCUUCCUGGUCGCCGGCUUCGUAGGCCUGGGCUUGUGGUGGAUAUAUGGCCGAGUGCUGCUGCUGGGAGAAAGGAGAAGAAAAGGGGGCAAAGGUGCACCGAGUGCCUGGGCGCAGAGGAUCCCGCUUUGGAAGACCGCGAGCGCUACGGCAUAUGA